AUCAUCAUUUCAGCUUUGUGAGGAAACUAACAACAUGGAUACUAAACUCACAGGCAAAGAUAUUUAUGAGGAGAAAUUUAAUCCUCAGACUUAUUUAGAGACAUUCUACAAACCAAAUUCAGGUGUUAUAAUAACAGAAGGUUGUUUGGAAUUUAUUUUGAGAAAACUUCAUGAGACAUUUACUGAGCGUGGAGUGAAAGGGGAAACACUUAUUGACAUUGGCCAAGGACCAACAAUUUAUCAGGACCUUUCUGCAUGUGAAUCUUUCAAAGAGAUCAUCGGUGCUGAAUACACUGACUGUAACCGGGAGUACUAUGAAAAAACCUUGAGAAAUGAACCAGGAAUAUUUGACUGGACAACUGCUAUACAAGCAGUCUGUGACCUGGAGGGAAAGGGUACAACAGUGGAAGAGAAGAGAGAAAAACUGAAAAAGACAGUGACAAAGAUAAUUAAAUGUGAUAUAAAUAAAAGCAAUCCUGUGGAACCUCUGGUGCUGCCCAGAGUUGACUGUGUAAUGACAAUUUGGUGCUUGGAAUGUGCCAGUGAUCUGGAUAGUUUUUGUAAUGCCCUUAAGAACAUUUCAUCUUUGCUAAAAGUGGGAGGGCAUUUAAUAAUUGCUGAGAUUCUUAACUGUACCUACUUCUUGUUAGGAGGCACAAGGUUUUCUUGUGUAACCUUAACUGAGGAAUUCAUGAGAAAUGCUAUAACUGAUGCCGGCUUUUCUAUAAUAGACCUGGAGGUUCUGGUGAGAAAGCCCGACAAAAUGCACUACAAUCUCUCUGAUCAUGACUCAAUCAUAUUCCUUCUUGCACGCAAACUGCGGGAUAUUUAGGUUGGAGAGGAUAGUAUAUAAUAUACAGCAUAUCUGCUUAUGUCUACCAAGGCUCAUUUAUUUAAACAUUCAGUCAUAUAAAAAUAUAAUACCUAUUCUGAACUCUAUUAAAUGAGAAUACAGUUUGUUUGUUUGAGUCAUACAAUUGGCACCUAAAGAAUUAAACAGCCCCUAAACAAUAAUAUGUCUACUAUUUUUAUGUGUGAUAAUAGAAAAAAAAUCACGUUAGAUAACAGCAAGAUAACUGCUAUAGAACAUCAUUCCAGAAGAGUCCAAUUUAGAGAGAUUUAUGUUUCCUGUUCUUCAAAACUGGUUAAAUAAAUGGGGCACUAUGCCUAUGUUUAAAAUGAGCUUAAUAAAUGUGCUGUACUCAAA